AACACACACACACACACACACACACACACACACACACACAGAGAGAGAGAGGAGGACCCACAGGCGCUGUGACUCUCCCAGCUCAGUUAGCAUACUCUGCUGUGGAGCGGCUGUCUACAUCCCACUAUCUUCCCAAUGAUGACCUCCAAAGACAAACAAAACUGACAUCUCAGCUGGGAGGGGAAACUGUCAGCACAAACAGGAAAUACGAUUUUGUGUGUGUGUGUAUGAAUGAGUGUGUGUGUGUGCGUGUGUGCGUGUGUGAUUGUACAGUAUGUACGAUACUGAGCGUGUAAGAAUAAGCAUGUGCCUUGGUUGCUGAAGAACCUGAAAAGUUGUCUACUGACGACAUGAGACUAUAAACUGAAACAGUCCGCCUCAAGAAGCUGCCGGCCAAAGGACAGCGUUUCCUUCCUCCCAAACUGCUUGUCCUCCCCGUCAUUCAACAUGCUGCAGCAGAUUUUAAAGGACAUGUACAUCGACCCUGAUGUGCUGGACGCUCUCAACGAGGACCAGAAGAAGACUCUGUUCCUGAAAAUGCGCCAAGAGCAAGUGCGGCGCUGGAAAGAGCGGGAGGAAAAGCUGGACGGAGACGGAGGGGAUGCUGAGUGCAAGAGAGCGAAGCCAAAAAAAGCCAACAGUAAGAAUGUGAGCUGGCUGCUGGGCCGGGAUGGAGACGUGGCGGUCAUUGUCAUCGGGGAGGUGGAUGAGCUGAGCUCCAAAUUCAUCUGUUCGGGAUUUGGAGAGAAGAAGACGCCGAGUCUUCAGAACAAUACAAACUGUCAUACUAUCUUGAAGAGUAGAAAAAUCCCAGAACCCGUCAGAAUUGAGAGAGAAAACCUUCCUCCUACAUGUAAAACACAACCUGGGAGUGCUCUGAAUCUGAAGGCGACAAAAGAAGAGACGAGCACUUUACACCCUCUGCCGGUGUCAGUGAGCGAGCAUUCAUCACCUCCAGCAGCAGCAGAAAAGUUGAAGUCAGCCAGUGCGGCCGUGGAGAAGUCAGUCCCUCAGCCCACCACCGCCACCACCAUCUGCUCCAGGCCUCCCAUGAGAACCAGCCCUGUCAAUGUGAGACCAGCUUCUGCAAAUGCGGCGCCGGGUUCUGUCAACACAGGACCCGGCCUCGUAAGUCUGAGGCUGGCCUCGGCUGCAUCGUCUCCUUCGCCAAGCGGCACCGUCAAAAUAGACUCUGGCGCGACAACACCCGCAAAACUCCUCCAGCGCUCACAGGAGCAAAAGAAGACGCAGGAGUCACAGGCUGGGAAGGGUAUCGGUUCCUCAGAGGCGGUUCGUCAGACGACUCAGGCGGACUCCGUGUCAUCAGGGAGCACACAAACCAGUGCAGGGCCGCGCGGCCGUGUCGCCCAGCUGAUGAAAACAUUCAGUGUUGAAGGUUCCACGCCUCCCGCACAAACCCCCACCCGCGGCAUCAAGCCCCCUCUCCCCACUAAGCCCAGUCACCUGCGUCUGACCACCACACCCACUGUCAGGUAAUCUUUCACACCGACGCCCACUCAGCUUCAUCCCAAACACAGCCACACUGGACGAUGUUGUACGCCCACUAUGGACCCUCUGCAGAGUGGGCUGAUGGGAUUGAGAGCUCCUAAAGGACACUCUCAAUUCACAAUGUUGCCGUCACUCCCAAAGCACAGAAAAUGGAGAUUCUUGAAUGUAAUGGUGUUCUUUGACUUGUGGAUGCUGCAGUACUGUAAACACUAUUUGUGGGGAGGAAAUGCCAAAAUUGUAAAUAUAUGUAUUAGCAGGGUAUUGAUGACUAUCAUGUAUUCACUUGAUUUUUCUUCCACUUUAACAUGUGGCGGAAAAAAAUCACAAAACACAUUCUGACACAGUUUUGAGUCCAAUUAUCGACCCUGCACGCGCAAUAUUGAUUCCUUACCAAUAUGAUUAUUUUCAUCGCUGGCUUUUGGGGCUCAGUAUUUGAGGUUCAGGACAAAAGAAUGGCCACAUGGGACGGCCCAACAGGGUGAAAGAAAGCAGCGUAGGGUCCUCCUUCAUCUUGCUGUCUCCUCCCCGGGACCAGUGCGGGGUUGUUUAUUUGUCACAAUGCAGUGCAUGCCUCCCUGUGCCACCUGGCAGGAGCCUCUCUGCGACCUGUUGUGGACCAAUGACAGUGCCAAAUGCCUCGUCUGUCUCUCCCCGUGGAUCAAGUUCGACGGUCACUGCCAAACAAUCCAGCUCUGUGUUGCUCUACUCCAUAUUUGAGUACAAUACAAGUGAUGUGUGGUUGUAUUUUAUGUUUUUUUUAUACACUUUCUAAAGGCAGGAAGAUGUUUGUAAUGGGAUAUUUACUGUUGCUACAAUGCUCACUUGUAAUUUUUUUAAACUUUAUGUCAAGCUUGUAUGGUGCAAUCAGAGAAGCAAUAAAAUUGUGUCGCUCUUAGAA